AACUUACAUGGCCUGAAUAUGAAAUAGUGAUAUGCUUUGCUCUUACACUGUACAGACUCAUUUAAUAGAGUUGAAGGUGUCUGUCGGGUAGUAGAGUCGAGUCUUGGGUGGUUGUGUAGCUCUCAACUAGUAGCUUCUAUAAUCUUCAUGCUUCUGUGAAGCACUCACUCUCUGUAAUGUCUGGAUGGGUGUGAUUGCCGUAGUAUGAAUUGUAGAUUCAGAGUGGUUGCUUCACAGAACUUUUCCCCCAUCGGCCAUCCUAUCACCUCAUCAUGCACAAGAGCUAAUGGCCGUCCGCUCGCAUGGCUUUAGAUGCCCGUGCCAAAUGCAGUAACUUGGCACAGCUUCUUAGCAAGCUUGAGGCAUUUUUAGCUGUUGGCUGGUUUCAUCCAAACCUCUGCAGAAUCAUUUCAGGCGUGAAAGACAGUGGCUUUGUGUCCAAAAGAGCUUAAUGCAUGGCCUUGUCAGCGUAAUGUUAAUGUGCUGUAUUUGGUUUGCCAUUUAGGUACGUCUCCCACCCCCUUUGCCAAGCGCUUCACACGGUCAUCGUUUCUUUCAGUCGUGCUUUUUGCCUCCUGUCUCUUUCUCUCCAUAGUGCUCCAUUAUGACAGUUCAUUGUUUUCUGUGAUGACCACGUGUGCCCUUUGUGGUCUCUAACACCCCGCGUGGGCCUCUUUCCCUCUCCCACAGAACUCCUCAGGGAUCACCGUUCCUAAGCCGCCCAAACCGCCCGACAAGCCGCUGAUGCCCUACAUGCGGUAUAGCCGGAAGGUAAGCAGGAAGGUUUGGGACCAAGUUAAAGCCUCUAAUCCUGACCUGAAGCUAUGGGAGAUUGGGAAGAUCAUCGGUGGCAUGUGGAGGGACCUCACUGAUGAGGAAAAACAGGACUAUUUAAACGAAUACGAAGCCGAGAAGAUCGAGUAUAAUGACUCUCUGAAGGCCUACCACAACUCUCCAGCCUACCUGGCGUACAUCAACGCUAAGAACCGUGCAGAAGCUGCUCUAGAAGAAGAAAGCAGGCAGAGACAGUCGCGCCUAGACAAGGGCGAGCCCUAUAUGAGCAUCCAACCUGCUGAGGACCCUGAUGACUAUGAUGACGGGUUCUCCAUGAAGCAUAUAGCGGCAGCUCGUUUCCAGAGGAACCACCGGCUCAUCAGUGACAUCCUGAGCGAGGUUGUGGUGCCUGACGUUCGCUCAGUGGUGACAACUGCUCGCAUGCAGGUCCUCAAACGCCAAGUCCAGUCCCUCAUGGUGCACCAGAGGAAACUUGAAGCAGAGCUGCUUCAAAUCGAGGACCGACACCAGGAGAAAAAGAGGAGGUUCCUGGAGAGCACAGACUCCUUCAAUAACGAGCUCAAACGGCUGUGCGGUCUGAAAGUGGAGGUGGACAUGGAGAAGCUGGCAGCUGAAAUGGCUGCUGCAGAGGAGGCAGCACGCCGGAGGGCGGAGGAGAGAGAGCGGGAAGCAGCAGAGCAGGUGGAAAGAGCUGCUCAAGAAGAGCAACAGCCUGCCGCCAGCGCCCAGGCCAAUGCCAACCCAGAACAAACCUCUGCCAGCGAGGCCAAGGAUGGAGAAGACAAGCCCACCCCUAUGGAGACUGAGUCUCUGGCUGAAACAUCUGAAGGAUCUCAGGAGGCUGAGCAAGGCCCCCCGGCUGCAGUAGGAGACAAACCGGCCCAACCUGAGCCUGCAGAGGGUGCAACAGACGAGGGCACCAGUGACAGCACUGCUCCGUCUGAGAGCAGCUCUGGACCCCCAGCAGAACCCCAGGCCUCAGACACCCCUGAAGAGCGGCUGCCCACCCAGCCGCAAUAACCCCACCCAUGUCCUUCAUGCUCAUUUACAGAGUCUCACUUUGCUCUUGUGUAAAGUCAGUUCUCCUCUAGGAUUUGUAAUCCUAUGACCUGCCAGUCAGUGUGUGAGAACAGUGAAAAAUUGCCCCCAGCCAAUGUUCUUCAGUGAAAUGUUUUGGGAGGACAGCAGAAUCUUAAUUGGCGCUCCACACACAUUCAUUCAGGCACACCUGUUUGUUCGAUCUAACCCUGAUAUUACAAGCCCAUUUGAGUACUCUCAAGCUUUAUGGCCAUUAAAAAGUGGGCAAAUGCUGAAUAAAAUAUAACGCUUGCAUCCUGCAGUCACCAGUUGUUUGCAAAAAGCAGAAGUGCAAGUUUUUUUUGCUGUUGCUUACCAUGUUUUAUCUACCUGUGGCAAGAUUAUAUUAUGGUAUAUCUUUGUUUCAUCCUUUCACAGUUUAUUUGAGUAGUCUGUGAGUUGUAGUCCCC